AUGGCGGGGACUCCCCGCCUUUGCCCCCCCUCAGGACUACAACUCCCAGCGUCCCGCGCGGCGCGCGAUGACGACACACGCAGCGCGCACCACGCAGCGCGCACGAAGAGGAGGAACAACGGCCGGGCCAAGAAGGGGCGGGGGCAUGUGCAGCCCAUCCGCUGCACCAACUGCGCCCGCUGCGUCCCCAAGGACAAGGCCAUCAAGAAGUUUGUCAUCAGGAACAUCGUGGAGGCGGCGGCCGUCAGGGACAUCUCGGAGGCCAGCGUCUUCGACUCCUAUGUCUUGCCCAAGCUGUACGUGAAGCUCCAUUACUGCGUCAGCUGCGCCAUCCACAGCAAGGUGGUGCGGAACCGCUCCCGUGAGGCCCGCAAGGACCGGACCCCCCCGCCGCGCUUCAGACCCGCCGGCGCUGCCCCCCGGCCCCCCCCCAAGCCGAUGUGAGGAGCCCGACGUGCCCCCCCCCCAGCCUUGCGCAGACCGAAUAAAGGACCCUGCACCGA